UUGACUCGUUUACAUGAGUUUUUGUCUCAAACUUCAUUGACUUAUUAUCUCCCAAUAAAAUCAAUCUUCACCUCCCCAUUCCCAUCCAUAUCUCCAUUCUCUCACAAAACUAACUUCAAUUCAAUUCAAUUCCCAUUUCCCAGUUCUUCUUCUUCUAUGCAGAGCAAAUCACAUGUAACAUAAAUGAGAGGGUUGUUGGCACGUGUGGGGCCUGUUUUCUUGGAUAAUAAAUGAGACAUCACUAAUCGGGAGCAUGGAGCGUUGAUGGUUAUUAAUCCAAGUGGGUCUGGAGAGGGGUGGCUUCUAUUCUACACCUCAAUUUUUAGACACUUGAUCAAAUACUUAAUAUUUUUCAGCAUCACUCAUAGAUAGUCUCAUACGUCAUGUAAGUGUGAGCAAGUUUAAGACUAGAGUUUUUUUUUUACUGCUGUAUUAAUAGACAAGGGAAAAGAACCCAAGUCUACCUUUCUAAUAAUGAUCGCCAAAGCAAAAGUACUUUCUUUCAUUCUAAGACUUCAAGGAUGGCAACAAAAAAGGAACAGAAAAGUUUUUGAAUUGAAUCUCACAUCACAUGACAUGAGAUUUGAGCUAUAAUGGUGGUCUCCAACAAUAGUUCCUUGUGAAUAGCCUACCAGAGAAGGUGAUUUAGAUUGGAUCGUCCCAAAAAUGAAGAAACUAGUCUCUCUCAUCUCUUUUCAAUGCAACUUUUUCCUUCUCAUCAAGUUACUACUACUAUCGAAGACUAUAAUAGCAGAACCAAGGGCCAAGACAGUCCUAAUAACAUGUGGCCAUGAACUAGAGCACAACACUACUAUCUUUGUUCCAAAUUUUGUUGCAACUAUGGAGAAGAUCAGUGAUGAGAUGCGCAAAACUGGCUUUGGCACCGCAAUUGUAGGGACUGGACCCGAUACUAACUAUGGCCUUGCCCAGUGUUAUGGAGAUCUUUCAUUACUUGACUGUGUAUUAUGCUAUGCUGAGGCACGCACGGUUCUUCCUCAGUGCUUCCCUUAUAAUUCUGGUCGCAUUUUCCUUGACGGUUGCUUCAUGAGAGCUGAGAAUUAUAGUUUCUUUAAUGAGUAUACGGGACCGGGAGACAGAGCUGUAUGUGGGAACACAACAAGGAAGAACUCAAGUUUUCACGCAGCGGCAAUGCAGGCAGUUUUGAGAGCAGUUCAAGAUGCACCUAACAACAAAGGAUAUGCCAAAGGGAAUGUUGCUGUAGCAGGAACAACUAACCAAUCUGCUUAUGUUCUGGCCGAUUGUUGGAGGACUUUGGACAAAAGCUCUUGCAAAGCAUGUCUUGAGAAUGCAUCCUCUUCCAUAUUGGGAUGCUUGCCUUGGCCAGAAGGGCGAGCGCUGAACACCGGGUGUUUCAUGAGGUACUCAGACACAGAUUUUCUUAACAAAGAGCAGGAAAAUGGGAGUUCAAGAGGUAAUGUGGUAGUGAUAGUGAUUGCAGUAGUCAGUUCGGUGACUGUUUUGGUGGUUGGAGUAACUAUUGGAGUUUAUAUAUGGAAACAAAGAUACAUUCAAAAGAAACGAAGAGGUUCAAAUGAUGCAAAAAAGUUGGCAAAAACACUUCAGAACAAUAACUUAAACUUCAAGUACUCUACAUUGGACAAGGCCACUGAAUCUUUUCAUGAGAAUAACAAGUUAGGGCAAGGAGGAUUUGGAACAGUUUAUAAAGGAGUUCUAGCUGAUGGAAGAGAGAUUGCUGUGAAGAGAUUAUUUUUCAACAACAGACAUAGAGCAGCAGAUUUCUACAAUGAAGUCAACAUAAUUAGUAGCGUGGAGCACAAGAAUCUAGUCAGACUGUUAGGAUGCAGUUGUUCAGGACCUGAAAGCCUGCUUGUAUAUGAAUUUCUACCCAACCGAAGUCUUGACCGCUACAUUUUUGAUAAAAACAAGGGCAAAGAAUUGAACUGGGAAAAUAGAUAUGAAAUUAUCAUCGGGACAGCUGAAGGAUUGGUUUAUCUACAUGAGAACUCCAAAACAAGAAUAAUUCACAGAGAUAUAAAAGCCAGCAACAUCUUAUUGGAUGCAAAGCUUCGUGCUAAAAUUGCAGAUUUUGGUUUGGCCAGGUCCUUUCAAGAGGACCAGAGCCACAUAAGUACAGCUAUUGCAGGAACUUUGGGGUAUAUGGCUCCUGAAUAUCUAGCUCAUGGUCAAUUAACAGAAAAGGCAGACGUAUAUAGUUUUGGAGUGUUGCUGCUAGAGAUAGUCACUGCUAGACAGAACAACAGGAGCAAAGCAUCAGAAUAUUCAGACAGCUUAGUUACAGUGGCAUGGAAGCAUUUUCAGGCAGGGACAUCUGAACAAUUAUUUGAUCCAAAUCUAGACUUGCAGGAAGACCACAAUAGCAAUGUUAACGUUAAGGAUGAGAUUAUAAGAGUGGUUCACAUAGGACUUCUAUGCACCCAAGAGGUCCCUUCUUUACGACCAAGCAUGUCAAAGGCACUACAGAUGCUAACAAAGAAGGAGGAGCAUCUGGAUGCUCCCUCUAAUCCACCCUUCCUAGAUGAGAGUACCAUGGAACUUCAUGACACAAGUGGUGACCCAUUUUAUCCUCUUACUGCACCUGAUUCAAUUGCCACUAUGUCCCAUAGCUCUUUUUAUCCCAGGUGACCAUGAGAAUGCAGAGAAAAUCUCUACACACAGCAUGUCUGCAGCACAGCUUGUGAUUGGCAAAUAACUUGGUCUGCCUCAGACCUAUUGUACUUAAAAGGUUGCUAACAAAGCAUCCGAUCCUUUGCUAUUUAAAUACAUACUUCAGACAAGGGAAGCUUUUAAGCCAAAUGUCCCAUACGGUUAUGGGAAGCAAACAAUGCAUACUGUAUAGUUCCAUGAUUAACAUUAUUAUACAACUUUAGAUUAAUUUGAUAUAUGUAACAACUCAUAAAUAUUAUGUUUGGAUACAA